AGAGUUAAUGAUCAACUGUCAUUAAAAUCCAAAGAAGAAGAACAGGCCCGGCUCUGCUUUCAAUUACGUCCUCAGACAGUAUUUAAGUACGUGUGACUUCAGCAGUGAACGUUAUUGUGCAGAAGAAUCUGAGCAGUGAAAAUGAGUGGUCGCGGCAAGGGAGGAAAAGGACUCGGUAAAGGAGGCGCUAAGCGUCACCGCAAAGUUCUCCGUGAUAACAUCCAGGGAAUCACCAAACCCGCUAUCCGCCGUCUGGCUCGCCGUGGUGGAGUGAAGCGUAUCUCCGGUCUGAUCUACGAGGAGACCCGCGGUGUGUUGAAGGUGUUCCUGGAGAAUGUCAUCCGUGAUGCCGUCACCUACACCGAGCACGCCAAGAGGAAGACUGUGACCGCCAUGGAUGUGGUGUAUGCUCUGAAGAGGCAGGGCCGCACUCUGUACGGCUUCGGAGGUUAAAUCACCGUCUCAUCUCACUGCAACACAACGGCUCUUUUAAGAGCCACUCA